AUGGCGUCAAACAAGGAUAUGCGGAGGGCUGAUCUCGUGAUUCCCUACGUCGACCCCCCAAAAAGCGGCAAUGAGGCCGACAUGUCCAGCACCAUGUCGAGCACAAUGCCCAUGGCGGCAAUGUUCACCCGGAACAGGAUGAUUGGAUGGGUGGCAUUUGUCUUCUCACUCCAGGGCUGGCUUGCUGAGUCCCCUGAGCAGAAGAAAACUGCGGGGACACCAGCUUACAUGUCUGUUCUCAUGUCAUUGAUGGCCCUCGUCGUCACCUAUUUCCCUCUCUUCCUACCUCCCCAGGCGAAGAAUGCCCCCGCCGCUGCCAUGCCGUCGGCAUAG